AUGACGACACCCAACCUGCGACUAUUACAACUGAACAUAUGGAAAUCUAGACCAGGCAUGGAAGCCCUGAUCAAUGACCCCCAAACACAAAACUUGGACAUGCUCCUCAUCCAGGAGCCGCCACUCACGGCAUACAACACACACGUCAACCACAGCGCCUGGCACCUCUACCAGUCGACGUGCCAGGAGGACACCCCCAAGAAACGCAGCCUACUCUAUGUGAGCAGGCGAAUCUCAACAGCCUCACAUCGACAGAUAAAAUGCAACCAUCCCGACGUCACGGCAGUUAAACUGUGGACCACGGAGCAACAGACGCUGAUAUUCUCAGUAUACGUCCCAACUACAAACCACAGUCAGACACUCGAAGAGAUCUCAAUCCAGCCGAUGCUGGGCGAGAUCGAGGCCUGCAUCCAGCAAGCGACAGAGACCACGGACAAGCCAACAACAAUUAUCAUGGCAGGGGACUUUAACCGCCAUCACCCAAUGUGGAGCAAAAACCGCAUUUACCAUGUCGCGAUCGAGCAGGCCGAGGAACUAGUCAGCUUCUUCCACAAGCACGGACUCCAGUCAUGCCUCCCUCGAGGCACUCCCACACACUGGUCAAUGAGUUACCCCGGGAGCAACUCCACCAUUGAUCUCACCUCCGCCGAGGAAAACCUUAGCAAACUCCAGAAGGAAGACAUUCCCCGCAUUGAACAAUGGGCCAAACAAACAGGUUCAUGCUUCGCCGCGGAGAAAACCGAGCUUAUCCACUUCACUAGGAAGAAAAGCGAACAGGCUAAAGGGCGGCUAGUAAUACAAGGCGUGGCCAUCGAGCCGUCAGCAACAGCCAAGUUACUCGGGGUGGUGUGUGACCGCGAACUGAGAUGGAAGGAACACGUGCAGCAAGCAGUGAACCGGGCCACAAAGGCCAACAUCGCCCUGGCAGGGCUUCGACACCUCCGCCCCGGCCAAAUGAGACAGGUCUACCAGGCCUGCGUUACCCCCAUCAUGGACUACGCAUCAACGGUCUGGCACAACCCGCUCAAGGACAAGAGACACCUCAGGGUGCUCAACACGGUCCAAAGAUCAGCCUUGAUCCGAAUACUGUCCGCAUUCCGAACAGUCGCAACAACAACAAUGGAAGUCGAAACAUACACGCUACCAACGCACCUGCGACUCAAACAGAGAGCACAGAAUGUUAUCAUUAGCCUGUGCACGCUCCCUAGGGAUCACCCAAUACAGGAGGUGCUGGCGAGGGCUCGGAGACGACGCGAUAACAUAGGAUCCCGACCGCGGUUUCCUCUCGCUGAAUCCAUGAAAACUAUGAGGCUGGAACAACUAGACGGUCUGGAAACAAUCGACCCAAAACCAAUGAUCCCUUGGGACCCGCCAGGCUUUGUGGAAAUUGACAUUGAACCAGACCGGGAGAGAGCAAAAGACAAGGCUACAGCCCUACAGGCGUCAUCAAAUAUGGUAGUCUUCUCGGAUGCGUCAGGGCAGAACAACCAUCUUGGCGCAGCGGCAGUGAUGCUGGACCACAAUCAAGAAGUAAUCGAAUCCCGACAACUCUCCAUUGGAUCGAUGGCCAACUGGUCAGUGUAUGCAGCAGAGCUUAUUGGCAUAUUCUAUGCCAUUAGCCUUGUCCUAAAGGUAGCUAGCUCAAGACCAAGAGUCCCGACAACUUCACAGCAAGAACCAGCAACAAUCCUCUGCGACAACAUGUCAGCACUACAGGCCAUCAGGAACCCACGCAAUAAGUCAGGUCAACGGAUUAUCCAUGCCAACCUGCAGGCAGCCUCAGAAUUGAGAACACGGGGCAUUCCCCUCCGCCUCCAAUGGAUUCCAGGACACUGCGAUGACCCUGGAAACGAUGCAGCAGACGAACUAGCCAAAAUGGCAGUUGGUUCAAAUAAAAUGCAUCCCUUCAACCGCCUUGUCUCUCAAGAAAGAGCGGGCAUUCGAAAGCAGAUCCUCAAAGAGUGGGAGCAGGAGUGGAAGACAUCCACAAAGGGUAGCCACCUUCGGCGGAUCGACUCGAAGUUGCCAGCCAUCCGCACCCGACGAUUAUACGGCCCGUUGCCACGGAACCGAGCCUAUCUACUUACCCAGCUACGGGCUGGCCACUGCUGGCUGGCGCCUUACGGGAAGCUCCAUGGACACCGAGAAGACGAUAAAUGUGAAUGCGGGGCCAAGGAAACAGUCAACCACGUCAUACUUGACUGCCCAAAACUAAGAACGCCACGACGAACACUACGCGAGGAAGUUGGCGAGGUAUUCGGAGAUAUCCCGGCCAUGCUAGGCGGGAAAGGGGAAACAAGCCAUGUGAGGGCUGUACUGGAUUUUGCAGAAGCAUCUCAAAGGUUUCGUAGCCGCGGACCAAGGGGCCCGCAAAGACAGAACCAAAGGCAAACGGCCACCACAGGCCCCUAG